AUGCCAAGAGAAAAUAACCUGCUUUUCCCAGAUGAGAAAGGAAAAUUGAAAGCCCUAAUUUUUGACCUUCUUUACGACCAGUAUCGAGGAGUAAUUGUUUUUAUUCGUAUCUUUGAGGGAGAAUUAAAAACUAAACAAAAAAUUAAAUUUUACCACAUUAAAGACGCCCAAGUUGGAGAUACGGUAUUUGAUGUUAAUCAGAAAAACCCAGUACCUUUGCCAGGUUAUCAAAAACUAAAACCUAACAUUUAUUCUAAUCUUUAUCCUAAUGAUAGUGCAGAAUUUAAUGAAUUUAAAAAGGCUUUGCUAGAAUUACAACUGCAAGAUGGUUCUUUGGCUUUGGAAAAUAUUGAAUCAAACAUUUUAGGACCUGGAUAUUGUUGUGGAUUUUUAGGGUUAUUGCAUCGAGAAAUUAUUUGUGAGAGAAUUAAACAAGAAUACAAUGUAGAAUUAAUUCUUACUGACCCUACUGUUAACUAUCGAUUGAUUUUAAAUAACGGACAGAUAAUUGAAACAGCCAACCCUCAAAAAAUGCCUGAAUUAAAUAAAGUUAAAGAAAUCCAAGAAUUAUUUAUCAAUUUAAUAAUUAUUACUCCCCAGGAUUAUUUUCACCGCCAAUUUGUUGAAAAUAGAAGCCGAGAAAUUUGUCUAAAUUUAAAACAAACCCUCAACCGCCAAAAUUUUACGGUUCCAAUUCAAGCCUGUAUCGGCAGUAAGAUUGUUGCUCGAGAAACUUUAUCUGCUUUAAGAAAAGAUGUAACUGCUAAAUUAUACGGAGGGGACGUAACUCGCAAAGUCCAUUUUACUG